AGCAUUUGAUUACAAAUUGUUCUAAUUCAGCUACAUCUUUAACAUUUUUUUUUGGUUAUAAUCGAAACAAAGUGCCAUCUUUAUUAACCCCAAACCAACCCAGCUCUUCGGAUUUACGGCUAGCCCAAUUGAGAUCCGAUCCAAUUCCCUCGUUAAUCCAAUCAUCUUCAUUCAUACACAAACCCUAAUAAUCUCUCCUCUCUCAGCAACUCGACGCCGGCCAAAUCGGUAAAGGAUUCGAGGAAAUCUCGCCUCGUACAGCCAUUGUUCGCCGGAAACCAUCAACUCCUCUUGUUUUCUCCUCAAGCACGAGCUCCAAACGUGUCAUUUCUGUUGACUCCACUGUGAGAUUCGAAGCAUUUUCAUCUCUCCCUCGCUUUAGUUGGCUGCCCCCGAGAAAGGGUUUCGACGUGUCUUCAAUCUCAUCUGUCCCUUCUUUCAAUGGCUUCUAGCUCUCAUAGAGGUGGUGAUUUCUACGGUGCGGCUUCCCACAGAUCCAGAGAUGGAUUGAGUACGAGGCCAGUAGGUGGUUCAGAUGAAAUACAGUUGCGGAUUGAUCCCAUGCAUGGAGACCUGGAUGAUGAGAUCACUGGUCUUCGCAAGCAAGUAAAACAGCUCAGAAAUGUAGCACAAGAAAUUGAGUCGGAAGCAAAGUAUCAGAAUGAUUUUAUUAACCAACUGCAAAUGACGUUGAUCAAAGCUCAAGCAGGAGUAAAGAACAACAUGAGAAGGUUGAACAGGAGUAUCAUCCGGGAAGGAUCAAACCAUGUGAUGCAUGUGGUUCUUUUUGCACUAUUUUGCUUCUUUGUGAUAUAUUGGUUGGCCAAGUUUUCACGGAGAUAAGGGCAACCCUAUCUUUCUAUGCUUGUUUGCAUCCUGGCAAAGUUCUGAUGAAGACACAAUCUAUUCAAACCAUCAAACAAAUGCUAAGCACUGACAGAUCAGUGAUUGGGGAGAGUAAGGGUGCAGGCGCAGCUUUAGAAACUCCGAAUAUUAGUCUUAUGUAAAGUUUCCUAAUCUGUGGAAGCACCCGUGGGACAAAAAAUCCUAGUGAAGAAAAAAGAUCAUAUCUUGUAAUAUACAUUGUUUGAUACCUUGUUAAAAUCUCGAUAGAUGAACUCAGUGAGACAAAAUCUCUCUAAGAGAAAUUUUACUUCUAUGAUAAAAACAUCAUUUGAUAUUCCAUA